AUGAGUGUUCCCGCUCCAUGGCUUGCCACCCUCGUGGAGCAAUGCCUAGGCUCCUACCUAGGUCAGACUGCGCGCGAUGGCAUUGAAGUGGAGGAUGAUGGAGCGACAUUGCGCUUCAGGAAGCCCGAUCUCACGUCUGUGGCUGCUAUUUUUGAAGUAUACUCUCCCUCAUCUGAUAUACAUUACGAGAUAUAG